UUUUUUUUUUCCUUCUCUCAACUUCAUAGUAAAUCCACUAGCAAUGUAGUGAUCUCAAAAGUUUCGUGUUAAAUAUUGCGCACUUCAGUGCUCCCAAAUCCGGAUAAACGCCCUUUAUCCUGUUGUUUACGGCUUUUGUUUAUACCAGGGCCCUGGAAGAUCUUUCUGGAGACUUUAUUUGACCAACCUCCCGUGUUUUUGAACUGUAUGCUUAAUCUCCUGAGAUGUGUUGGUGGCGGUUGACACCUGAAGAACCAAAACAGACCCCGACGUCAUAACUUCUCGACACUGGACGAUCCCGUGGAGUUUCAUCUUUGUCGCGUCACACCUAUAUCACUAGUUGAAAUAAUUGAUUGCAGAAGAAAGCCAAGUUUUUUGUUUAUUCAGAAGUUGAAAGUAACCUGCUAACUAUGUGGCUGAAACUGGUGGCUGUUGGUGUGGUGGCCUACGUUAUUUACCAGAUGAAUGACAUGUUUGAUCUCAAUGACUUGAAAGGUAAACGAGUUGUGUUAACUGGAGCAUCAACAGGUAUCGGGGAACAGAUGGCUUACCACUAUGCAAACAACAAAGCCAAUCUUCUUAUAACAGCACGAAGAACCAACGUACUUCAGAAGGUUAUAGAUCGCUGCAAAUCUCUUGGUGAUCCAAAUGGGAACUAUAACUACAUCACAGCAGACAUGGGAAAUCUAUCAGCCACAGAGAAUGUGAUUAAGGAAGCUGAAGAGAAAAUGGGAGGUAUUGAUUUCUUGGUUUUGAAUCACAUCAAAGAAAUAUCUUUAGGUGAAUGGAGUGGGUCCACUGAUAACCUGACAUUGCUCUCCAAUCUCUUUGAUAUCAACUUCAAAGCAUAUGUACACCUGGCUUCCUAUGCCUUGCCCUUACUUGAGAAAAGUGGUGGAAGUAUUAUUGUUGUUUCAUCUAUUGCAGGAAAAUUGGCCCAACCCUAUCUUUCGGUUUAUUCUGCCACUAAAUUUGCUCUUGAUGGAUUCUUCAGUGGAUUACGCAUGGAAUUAGAAUUGAAGAAAUGUAAUGUUUCAGUGACAUUGUGUGUCAUUGGCCUCAUUGGAACUGAAAAUGCUGUCUCCAAGUUGAAGGAGUUUGGAAAAGGAACUCUUCUUGAUCUGGUCAAACCUGCCCGGCCAGAAGACGCUGCUAUGGCCAUCAUAAAAGGAGGAGCUCUGCGUGAACGGGAAAUAUAUUUUCCCUACUUUUCUGCUAAGUUAUAUACAGUCUUUAGAGAUUUGUUUCGGGGUCUUCUAGAAGGUUCCAUAAAAUUUAUGUAUCGAUGAAAAUACCUUAUUUGUUGUAGCUUGAUUUACUGGCUUUGUUUACUGCAGUUGCCUGUAAGUCUCCUUAUUUUGUGUAUGGGUGUGAUGUCUGUGUGUGUGUGUGUGUGUGUGUGUGUGCGCGU